AGUGUUUACGAGCUGGGUGUAACAUGGUACCAAUAGACUAAGAGGGAGAUCACUUUUUUCGCUGGUUACGACAAAAUUAAUACGUUUAAUGAAAACACUAGUUGGUGUACAACAAAUAAAUUGAGAAAACAGAGAAAGAGAUUCCGUAAUUAUUCGGGCGGAUAGAAGUGUAUAGGCCGCAUUAAAGAUCUGUUAUUAUCGUUUACGCGUAUUAAUACCAAUUAAAUAGCACACCCCUUCCUCGAGGCACUUGGUGGAUUGUGAUAAUAUCCACCCACUCGUGCAAUAGAAACAUUUCUGUUAGGUUGGUGAAGUUCUAGUAACAACCAAACUACCAUAAAGACAUGGCGAAUGAAAAGUCGCUGAAAGAAUCGCUGCUGGCAGCAUCACCUUUCCUCAUCAAAGUCGUAGAAAUACUAUUGGGAUUGACCAGCAUGGGUUUGAUUGUAAGCCCGUAUUCUUCCAGGCUACAUACAAGCACAGGUCGGGCAGGAUUUGUGUACUCAGCACUGUCUGGCGCCAUCCUUAUUAACUUUUUAAUAAUAGCUAGCCAUUUUUUACAACAACGGAUUCCAAAGAAACCAUGUUUGGUAGUUUCUUGUUGGUAUGGGGCUAUGUUGGCAAUUGCUGCCAUGGUGAUAUUUUCUGAUUGGAGAGCUUUACAAUUUGCUGUGCAAAUCCGGCCAUCCAAGUACAGAAUGGACCUAAUGAUAUCGUCGGCAAUAACAACUGCCUUAACAUCUAUGACGUAUAUUACAGACUUUGUUUUGACAUUCAAAUACGGAUAAUUCAAAUUAAAUCUACGUGAUUUUCCCUCUUCUUUCACAAAAUUAUUGAUUAGACUGUCUACUAUUUAAGUACUAGUCUGAAUUAACAGUGAAGCUAUACACGGUAUAAACUACUCGAUUACUUUAAUUUUAGGAGUAACUAAAUUUCAUGUUUUUUUAUUGUACUUAUUUUACAUUAGGAAUUUAAUUUAAUUUUUAUAAUAAAUUGUUUGUACUUCAAUAACUAUUUAGUUGAUUUUACCAUUCACA